GAAACUCCAUCCACGCCAUGCGCAGUCUCGACUAACGUCCCACCCCGAACGCCCGCGAGUCGAGUGUAAACACACCUUGAUUUAAAAACAAAAUAUUAUAAAUUUUAAGUGAUCAAAAUGGCCAUCAGCAGAUUGUCUAUUAUCAAAUUCCUGGAGCUGGCGCUGACAUGCUCAUGUGUCGCUCUCCACUACCACAGCUACAACAAUGAUGCGGACAUCGGAAUGCUGGUCACCGGCACUUUCGUCGGCUACCUGAUCAUCUUCGCUGGCGCUGCCGCUGGAUACUUGAUGCAGACUCCGUCACACAAACGCAUAGACAUCUUCUACUCCCUGGUUGGAGUCGCUCUCUUCGUGGCGAGCGGCGCUGUCAUCAUCGACAGAUACCAACACUCUUCUAAGAAUGACUUCACGAAUAAGAACCUCGCCAAGGCCUCCCUGGCCAUCAUCAAUGGAGCCAUACUUCUCAUUGACGCCGUCCUGACGCAGCGUGGAGGCUAAAACUUCUGUCUUUAUCACUGGCUGACUUUCUAAACACCGUUCAUAUUACAAAUCUUGUGGAAAUAAUAAGUUGAAUUAUUUUAAGACUUCUGUAUUAGAAUUAUUCAAAUUUUAAAAAAUAUGACUUCAUUUUUCUUGUCGAGUUUCAGUUUUUCAGUUCAAAACUAUUUGUAAAAUUAUUUGAUGUUUUUAAAGUUGCCAUGUGAAAUCUUGACUCUUUUUCGUACUGUCCACUAUAAUUAUAUUUAAUAACGAAUUUGAAAUUAGUUGUGCUAGAUGUUUUGGAAAUUCAAAGAUUGAUUCCAUUAUGUAGUCAAACAAACUUAUGUAGUCCGUGGGCUACGAACAAAAAAGAUAUAAUUAUUGAAACAGAAAAUGAACAAUAAAGAAAAAGAAGUACAUUUACAGUCCAGCUUUGGGACUCGUAUCUGCUUUCACAAAAUGUACCUAAUUUAAUUUAUUUUAUAAGGUUUAAUUUAUUUUGUAGGAGAACUUGUUGCUGUAUAUGUCCAUAACUAGUCCAUAUUGAUACACAGAAACAGAGAUAUACGUACAUGAAUCGGAUAUUAUGAUUUAUUCUGAAAUCGUUUUUCUAUUAAAUCGAUUAAGUAAUGUAUCCCACAUUAAAUGUCUUUCAAAUGUGCCUUCAUUAAUGCCUAUAACAGAGACACAGAAUCGAAUAUUAAAUAAAUAAUUGUAACUUAAAGUUUAUAUUUCAAGUACUAAGACUAAUAUUAUAUUACCUCCAAUAUUUUAUAAAUAUUUCUGCCAAUUUGUAUUAUAUUUACACUUUUAAAAAUUUGAACAAAGUUACACAGUUUUUUAUUAUAGUGUACUUAGAAUACUUCCAAUUUCACAUAUUUACUUCCAUCAUUCAAUACGAAUAAAAACGUUUUAAGGUGUUUU